CUCCGUGGAGCAAAGCGAGCGAAUACUUAAACGGCAAGGCUGAACUGUCAGCUGUAGAAGGAACCCUCCUUUGCUGAGUACCAGCCACCUCGACACAGACACCCGGAAGGCACGAAAGUCAGUUUGAGAGGGCAGCAUGAAUCGCUUUAAGACCUCAAAAUUCAAAAACACCACUCCGAAAAUUGCCAAGAAAGAUGAGUGGAUCAACAAUGUCCGUGCUGGCUCCUUUGCCUGCCAGGGCAACCACAUCAAAGCAAGUUCCAAGCUGGUGGCUUUCAAUACUGAGCAGGCUGGUGGAGGCAUGCUGGGCCUGUCUUCAGUCCAACCAGGUUCAGAUGGCCAGCGGGCUGUCACGCAGAUUUCCUGCCAUUCUGAUCUUGUGACUGACAUGGACUUCUCUCCUUUUGAUGAGAGUCUCCUGGCAACAUGCUCAGUAGAUGAAACGGUGAAGCUGUGGCGUUUGUGUGAUCUGGCGCAGGAGCAGUCCAGCAGUCCAGAGCUGACCCUGCGGUCAGGUCAGGGCAGGCUCGAGCUGGUGCUCUUCCACCCCACCUCCUCUGGCUUGCUGGCUGUUGGCACCACUAAGUCUGCUCAGAUUUGGGACACCAACUGCCAGGAAGCACCACUAGCAGUUCUAGAGCAGCACGGUGACCAAGUGCAGAGUCUCGGCUGGAAACUUGAUGGAUCUCUUUUGGCUUCCUCCUGCAAGGAUAAGAUGAUCCGCGUGUUUGAUCCCAGAGCCCAGCUGGCACCUGUUCAGAGUGCCAAGAGUCUUCAAAGCAACAAGGAUUCACGGAUCCUGUGGACCAAAGAUGAUUUUUUACUGACCACUGGCUUUGAUACGAUGCGUAGUCGUGAGGUGAGACUUUGGGACAGCAGGAAGCUGAGCUCUUCGCUCAGCUCUGUUUCGCUCGGCACUUCCAGUGGGACACUGAUCCCACUAUUUGAUGAGGACACUGGUCUGCUUCUAUUGGCUGGCAUGGGAAACACUGGGAUCGAUUGCUUUGAAGUCUCUUCCUCCGAGCCUUUCCUCUCUCAAGUCAGCCACUGUCUGACGGAUACCUCAACAAAAGGCAUUGCCCUGGUCCCCAAGCUUGCCUUGGAUGUGAUGUCCUGCGAAGUUGUGCGUGUGCUUCAGCUGACAGACAGCUGCAUCGUGCCGAUCAGCUAUCAGGUCCCUCGCAAGAAUUCAGGUCACGAGUUUCAUGACGACCUUUACCCAGACACAGUGGGCACAACCCCAGCCAUGUCUGCUGAGGAGUGGUGGAAGGGAGGGAACAAGCAGGUGGAGAGAGUUAGCCUGCACCCAGACAAACGUCCCAAACAAAAGGCAGCACCAGCAAAACAGACACCUGCAAAAAAGGAAGUGGCCAGUGGAGGGAGCAAGGAGGAUCAAGCUCGCGACUGCUCUACCUCCAGCAGUCCUCUGAGCACUCCCAGCAGCAGCGCAGCACCGUCUCGCUCUCCUUCCUCCACCUCCGGCCUCUCCUCAGGCUUCGUUCCCAGCCCCAGUCCCAGCCAGAGUGCCAAGGCUUUCCAAAACCUGAUGGGGCCAACUUCCAAGUUCCGUCAUAUCCAGGGGACAGUCAUGCACCGGGACACGCACAUCACCAACAUUCGUGGCCUCAACCUGACCACACCUGGCGAGUGUGACGGCUUCUGUGUCAACCGCCAACGUGUGGCAGUGCCCCUCGCCAUCGCUGGGGGCCAGAUUGCCGUAUUUGAGCGCUCCCAGCCUGGCAAACUUCCAGAUACAGCCCUGCCCACCAUCCAAAACUCUGUCAAUGUGGCUGACUUUGCUUGGGACCCCUUUGACACACAUAGACUUGCUGUCGCUGGUGAUGAUGCUAAGAUCCGGGUUUGGCAAGUACCAGAAGGCGGUUUGAAAGAGACCCUAACUGAACCUAAGAUCAUCAUGCAAGGCCACACGGAGAAAAUCUACUCCAUCAAGUUCCACCCUCUGGCCAGUGGAGUCCUGGUUUCUUCAUCAUAUGAUCUCACAGUCAGACUGUGGAACCUAGAGACCGGAAAACAAGUCAAAGUUCUCGAUGGACACCAGGACCAGGUGUUUGGCAUGGCGUGGAGCCCAGAUGGGAAGCUUCUGGCUACAGUUUGCAAGGAUGGGAAAGUUCGUAUCUACGAUCCUCGCAAAUCCACUUCACCCCUGCAGGAGGGCCCGGGGCCUGAGGGCCACAGGGGAGCUCGUGUGGUGUGGGUGUGUGAUGGCAAGUACUUGCUGGUGUCUGGAUUUGACAGUCGCAGUGAGAGAGGACUGUACCUGUACUCUGCUAGCUCCCUGUCGUCCGGGGCCGUAUCCAGUGUUCCUGUAAACGUCUCCCCUUCCACACUGAUCCCAUACUAUGACCCCGACACCAGUGUCGUCAUCCUAACUGGAAAAGGUGACACCAGAGUGUACAUUUAUGAGAUCUUCCCUGAAGAUCCAUAUUUUAUCGAGUGCAGCAGUUUUAAUUCUCCCGAACCACAUAAGGGUUUGGCCUUUCUGCCUAAGACUGAGUGCAAUGUUCGCGAUGUGGAGGUAGCUGUAGGACUGAUGCUCACCAAGACAACCAUAGAGCCAGUGGCCUUCAAAGUGCCAAGGGUCAAGAAAGAGUUUUUCCAGGAUGAUGUGUACUCAGACACAGCGGUGUGGUGGGAACCAGCACUUACUGGCUCUGCCUGGCUCUCCGGCUCCAACGGCCUACACAAAAAGAUCAGCUUGAAGCCUAAAGACAUGACGCCAGUGAGUGAGGCCCCCAAAGAGGCUCCAGUGAGGAAAUACCUUCCCUCAUCUGUUUACCUGGAGGAAAAGACUGAUGAACAGAAGAAAGACGAGCUUCUGAAUGCCAUGGUGGCUAAGCUGGGAAAUAUGGAUGACCCACUACCACAAGAGUCCUUCGAGGGGGUGGAUGAAGAUGAGUGGGACGAUUAAUGGGGAUGUGCCUUUGGUUCAGUCGCCGUGCCAACAGCAGACAGAGGAGAACAGCUCCAGUGUUAUAUUGCCAGUCGCUUCAUCAGCAUACAUCUCAGCCUACUGAGCACACACAGAUUGCUGCGUCAUUACUGCACAAUAACUCCAUCUUUUUUGGGGAAAAAAAAAUCCUAAUCUUCUGUACAACCUUCUGGUUUCAGUACUGUAUGCAUGAUAUCAUCUGUUGAUGUCUAUAUCAUCAUAUUUGAUAUUUUGAAAUCAUUCUGGGUUAAAAAUUAUUUGUGUGUGUGUAGAUAAUAAUAUCACUCUUUUCAAGGUAUUAAUGGGAAAAAAAUCACCAUCCAGUACAGCAAUAUUAUUCAGGAUAUACAGUGAAGCCAUCUCAGUCAUAUUGCUUUAGAACAAUCAUAAUAAUAGUGCUUUAUGCUACAUUACCAGUUAACUCUGAGUGCUCAAAACCAGGCCGACCCGUGGUUUACACUCGCACCAAGCAACUUUUAAAUAUCACACAUAUACUUUUCAUCUGUUUUUCUCUCUGUGUGAUCAUGGUUUGAUAAUGUGAUACACGCUGGCAGUAUCCUGAAGUACAAAACAAAAAAAAGAAAAUGUUUGUUUAGGUUUAGAUGUAAAAAAAAACCAACCUGUACCUACACAGUGGACCAUUUCUUGUAUUUUAUACUGGCCAGUCAUGGCAGCGCACUCAGCUCUGCAAUAAAAAAUGUUAUAUGGCAAAAAAAAAAAAAGAUUUUUACGUCACCCAGCUGAUAAAACCACUUGUCUUCCUGUUAAGUUGGGUUAAAUCCGCACGCUCGCACAUGCACACAUACACAAGCACAAGUUUAGCAGCAAAAAUCCACGCUGAGGAUAAAACAGGGUCGCCAGUUUUCAUGUUUAGCCAUGAGCUGGAGUUUCUAUUUACAGCAACAUUAGGUUAUCUUCUCUUUAUUAGCCGAUAUUAGCCUCGGAAGCCAUUCUAGCAUAAUUAGGUGCCAGGUACACAUGAUUCAAUUUAUGGCCAGUAGUAGUCUCAUAGUUGGCGAUCAGAUGUGAAUACAAAUAAACCACUUCCUUUUGAGUUUUAAGACAGGGCUUUAUAUACUUAAGGAUGAUUGUGUCUUUCUUUUUGUUUAUCGGGUAGAUUAACUUUUAAUUUAGACUCUUGUCGGUGUUCUGACUGUUUCGGGGAUCUUCCUCAUUAAAUGAGCUAAUUUUAGUAUCUAAUUUUUACUACUAACAACUUAUGAUGGUGUUAAUUAGACAACAGUACAGUAUUAAUAAUUUACAAUGCAGCCGUCAUGUAGUUUCUUUGUAGAGCUACAGCGGUACCUUCAGUAAUCCAGGCUUGAUCUCACAAAGUUUGUUUACAACCUCUGAUGGACCGAAAUGUUUACUUUGCUUAGGUGUCGUCAGAUUUUUUGUGAUGUAUACUGUAAGUGCUAGUGAUUCUCAAAGGCCAUACUUUUUUCUUCCUACUUUUGGAUCAGAUAAACUUGCCUUCCAUUUGUUUUUAUACAGUGAGUACAGCUUUGUUUUGUUUCUGUCUUACUUGAGCAGCGGUUUCUGGAUUUUUUUUUUUUUCAACAUUGUCUUGCAAUAAACACCUUUUAAACUCA